AUGAAUUUGUCGUCAAAAUUAGUCAACCGACAUGAACAAACAGAAUUAUUAAAACAAGAAAAUAUAAUAUAUUGUAAAUCAACAUGUAAUUUCACCCGUAAAUUUGAUGAAUUCGAAAUAGAGACAGAAUGUGAGCGCGAAAUUGGUUUUAGCUAUUGUAGUCUUAAAAUAUUGUUGGACUACAGGUCUCAAGCUUUUAUGGUAUCAUUUUUAUCCAACGCGAGUGAUACAAUAAACGAUGAUAAUUUAAUUCAUGAGGUAGUAACGUCUCUAAUAUUCGAUGAAACAUCUGCUGACCGUGUUUGGGUUACGUAUGAAUGUAAUACAAAUGAUUGUGAUAUACAAUAUACAAAUUGGUUUAUUGAUAAAAUGUCAAAGAGCAGCAGUGUACAAAUGUCACUGAAAAGUCAGCUCUCACGAAUAUUAAUCGAUAAAGAUGAAAAUGAUGAACUAGAAUGUUAUGUUAGCGAAGUGAGCGAGACACUACCAUGUCAUGGAAUUGCUUGUUAUGCUGUUGGUAAAGACGAUGAGACAUACUUUGCUGAGUGUUACGAAAUGGGGUCUGAUAAAUAUAAUAUGCAGAUUCUAAUAGAAACAACAAAAGAUGGUACUACUGUGCAAUAUCUAUGCAAUAUAAAUGACUGUAAUGAUGAAGAUAGAUUCCAAAAUGUCAUUAAAAUUAUCAAAGACAUAAAUAUUCUUUCUUUCCUGUUUACGAAACCUAAUAAUACAACAAUAACAACGCCAUCAAUAAUACAAACUGUGGAUCACAUAACGUCAGGUAGCAAUUCAUAUGUAACACUCUCUGACAAACAAUAUACGACAGAAAUAAAACCAGAUGAAAAUAAAGUAACAACAACAUUUGGUCGUACCACCGAUCAAACAACACCAGAGAACAAGAAUUCUAACACAAAUAUUUAUUUAAGAAAAACUUGUAGUAUUUCUGCGCUGUUGGUCGCUAAUUACGGAAAAUAUGAAGUGAGACGAUAUCGAAUUGGUGACACUGAAGGAACAGUGGUUGCAGGUGGAAAUGGAAGUGGAAAUCGUCUCGAUCAACUCUCUACUCCUUGGUACGUAUUUGUGGAUCGAGAUCAUGCAAUGUACGUGUCUGAUCAUGACAAUCAUCGUGUGAUGAAAUGCGAAGGUACAAAACAAGAUAUUGUCGUAGCCGGUGGUAAAGGUCAAUAG